GUAGCAGCUGUAACUCAACAGGUGGUGUGGAAAUCGUCUGCCUUGUUUACUUGUUUAGGAUUUAGAUUAGUCUUUUGCGUGCGUCCGUGCGUGUGUGUGUGUGUCUGACUCCUCCGUGCGGAUGGCGAGCACGCUUCUCGUGAACGACAACGGGAUGGGCCAUCUAGAAACGGACGUAGCGAACGCAAUUUGGCACGCCUUCGACACACUGGACGAAGGAAGUUCGGGCAAAGUGGCCAAGUCCCGUCUCACGGUAUUCACGUCUAGCCUGGGAACAGUGCUUGGCUACACUAGGGCGGAGGCGGCCCUGGAGGAGUACUGCAGCACACAGUCCCUUCUCUUCGACCAGUACAUGCUCUACUUGCUCAAGGAACUCUUCUCGGGCUUGCCAAGCACAUUGGACCUCAAGACCCUAAAAAAAUACCAAGACCACAUUGAAGAAGUGUGUUGGCUGGUCUGCAAGAAAAAGUUCCUCAACCGAGAAUUUGUGGCCUUCCCCGAGAAAUGUGUCAUGCAGCUGUUCAGGGUGUUCUGCUUCCUCGGGGAGCUUCGAACGUCGCCAAAAGACAUUACCGAGGUCGUCAUGGUGGCAGAAGAAGUGGAAGAGGUGACUAGCACAUUUGUGAAGGCCUUAGGAAAGGAGUGGGACUCUGAAGACUUCCACCAGCUGGCUGCCUUGCUGCCAGUCUUCCACUUCCAGUCCUUCUUGACUUUCCUGGAGACGCGCUACACCUCGGGCUCCGAACCUUGUGGCCUGGUGGAGGCGACCGCCGAGGUCUACGACCUCUACAUUGGUGACGUCAUCAAGAAGGGCAUACUGAAGAAGAAGCUGUCAUCACUAGGACUCUGGUGGGAGAUGUACUUCGUGUUGCGCCCGCAUCACAUGGCCUACUUCGGCACGAAGGAAGGAAGCCGAAAGAAUGGAGAAGUUGUCAUCACAUCGCGCACACGCGCCGAGCCCAUCGGCGAGUCUCGCAAGGCACAUCGGUUUCUUGUCACGACCGAGGACAAAGUUGUGGAGCUUUCUGCUCUUGACUACAAGUCUAAACUGCAGUGGAUAUCAGCCAUUCAGACGGCAGCGCAGCAUUCCUAUACGCAUCGUUCCUACCAGCGAUACCUCGCGGGAAAACGAAGGAACGAGCGACAAGUGGCACUGGCUAGGAGGCAGGAGGAGGAGAGGCAGAGGCUCCAGCACCUCAAGCUGCUCGAGGUCGAGAAGGCGGCACGGAGGCAAGCGGAGGAGGACCUGAGGAGCGAGCACCAGAAGCGGCAGGAGCUGGAGGCAGCCCAGGAGGAGCUGGCCCGCAAGCUGGAGGAAGAGAGGCAGGCCAAGAGGGACGAGGAAAUAGUUCGCAACCUCCAGUCCAGGAUCUUGGCCGAGGAGUGGGAGAAGCGGGAGCGUCUGGAGAAGGAGAAAGAGGAGCAGCUUAGGUGCCUCGAGGAUGAGCGACAACGUAGGGAGCACCUGGAGCAAGUGAGGAGGCAAAAGGACCGCGAGCUGAACUGCAUCGCCCAGAAGCUCUCGUCCCUCAAGUCGGAGAAGGUGGUGCUCAGCUCCCAGCUUCAGCAUACUCAGAAAAAGCUGUCAGAGGCAGAGUUUGCAAGCAAGACCUUGGAACGAAGGAUGAAGACCAAGAAGCGGGAACCCUCUCUUAAACGUGCCGUCUCUGCCGACUUGACCAAUCUCGUCGCAACGUCCAACAACGAUGCCUAAAGGGAAUGCCGCCUGCCAGGCCUGAAGUCUGCGUCCAGCAGUCUUGCAUCGAGUGCCUUUGGAAAUAGUCUUACGAGUCUUACACAUCGAACGCCCAACUUUUUAGUAACUUAUCACACGAAGAUAUUAUACAUACAUAUUAUAUGAAUCUAUCCAAGAUCUUGCUAGGUAUAGACACCUUACGCACAAAGUCUAAGCUUGUUUCGGAGUUUCUUUGAGCAAAGCCAUGUUUGUGAUUUGUGUGUUUGUUUCAUUACAGCCAUUUAGGAGUUACACACAAAGUUGUCAAUUGUUCGAUUGCUUUUGCAGCUGUGCCAUGUUUCAUGCUGUUUAAAGUGUUUUUCUCAUGGGGAAGGAAAGAAGGAACUAUGUUGUAGUGCCCUUGCCAUUGCGGGCACUGACAUUGUUUCGGCUAGUUUUUCUGCCGUGUUGAAAGUUUUAGCAAUGAACAUUGAGAUUGGGUGUCCUGUUUAGCCCACGUAUCAAAAUUAGUCAUGAUUUAUAACCAUUAUCAAGCCUGAAAGUCUGUGUAAGCCCUGGUUUUAAAUUUGCAGAAGGCUUAAAAUUUAGCAGCAAAUUUUAGUUUUAAAAAGUGAUGUGUUCCAAUGUUUUAUCUUUUUAUAUUUAUUGUUCUGGCCCUCUUAAUCAAAAAUAGGUCUGUUGCCUGUUUGUACAGACCAUAAUGCCCAAGUGCCAAGAGGGAGACGGUCAAAAAUGUGUUUUGGCGGUUUACGACAAGGUAAUAAGUGUUGUUUUUUAUUCUGAUGUUUAUUUUAAAAUGAUGUUGAAAAACCUCCAGUGUGAAGCCAUUACUCUGUUUUGUUUCCGGCUGGCUCUUCAUGCCCACAUUUAAAUUGAUCUCUCAACAUUUUGCUGUUGGUUUGUAGUGCCUGCAAACAAAUAGUCUCAACUAGUGCCAAUUAUUUAUAAUUUUGCCAUAUUUGUGCCUGCUGCUUAAUAUGAUAGCUAUGCACUAGUAUAGUGGUGAGCCCUGUGACUGAAAUCCUGACUUUUUGUAUGCAAACUUUUGACUAACUUUGGAGGAAGCAAACUUCCUUUUUUGCUUGUAGAGUUAGCCACUGAUGGCAUUGUUUUGAGGACACAACCCGAGAUUCAUGAUGGAGCCUGCAAUCUACAAUGCUCAUACAGCGAGCUUGCAUGCAUAAACGAUUAAAGUUGUGUGCGUUGCUGUUGCCUA